AUGGGUAAUUUGCAAAGCGAUUCGAAAGGCCAAAAGGGGGCAAGGGCCCAAUCACGUGGUAAGGGUCUUAUGAAGACCUUUAAUAAAAAAUCUCCCGCCAAAGAAAGUCAAAAAACGAUAUUAUCGAAAAAGUCGCAACAAUCGUUCGUGAGUCUGGUCUCGGAGGCCGAAGCCAGCGCGGACGCACCCGAGCGGAUAACGGUUCAGUCUGCAGGGUCAACACACGCACAAGAAGUCUCUUUUGAAUGUGUUGGUGUUACGAGCAAAGACAGCGAAGGGAAAGAAGCGGACGAUCCGGCAUCGAAAGAUGAAAAAACUAUUGAAAACACUGGAUUUAUUGUGACAGAUUCGUGGAAAGAAGUCGGAAAAUAUUGUGGCACUAAUAUAAAACAAACACCUACAACUGACGAAUCGAGUUCCGAUUCCAUUUUCACCGAUCCUCAAACACCUGUAGGAUUCGAAGCCGAAAUUAAUCAGUGUUAUUAUUCUCGUGAAAGUGUUGACGAUGGACAGAUAGUGCUUAAUUUAAAUCCGGAAGAAACAAUGAGACGGAAUAAAGUGGGCAUUUUAGGUGCCAAUGAAAAAUCAGAGAAAAGUAGUUUGUUGGAAUCUCAUUUGAGUACUGACUCAAAGGAAAACACCAAAAAUUUUUCUGCACCGUUUACUGUCUCGAGACAUAAAAAAGUUGAAUUAACUUCGACGAAAUUAUCAGACAGCAGUAGUACUGCACCAGAUACAACUAAAGAAGUGAAAAGGCAUGCAUCAGUUGGCGGAGAACAGGGUUUUGGAGACAAUUCCUCAAAUGUUUUGCGAAAGGUAGCAUCGCUGACCUUAGACCGAGCAACCACCGAGUCUAAGGUCGCUAAAACAAGAUUAGUUCCCGACAAAUUGGACCUUAGGUCUUGCGAAAAAUUUGAAGGUCAGAUGCUCGUCAAUUGGUUAGUGUCGAACGCGACCGCGGACCAAACGCAGCAGGUCGUCGCAAAUUCCCGCAACCAAAAAGGUCAUCUGGUCAGCCCGACGAAAAGUUAUCAGAAUGGAAAACACAAUCAGGCCGAAUCAGCCAAGUUGGUUCAGGAUCUGAGACAAAUAAUGGUCGGAUGCUGCAAUUGUCUACUCGCGGCCGGCGUACUGAAGCAAAUUGCAGGACCACAAGAACCUCUGGACGCACAGUUCCGACCAGAUCUGAUGUACUACUGGAACCAUUCAGAAUCCAAGCAGAAACCAGCUGCGUCAACCACGCCAGGGCGCUUGAAAGACAAGACUCCCCAAAAGAAUCCAGAUCUUACAUCUACAAAGAAUGAUACCGAACUUUAUGUGACUGCUAACAACACCCAAGAUUCAUUAAUAGCUACACCUAAAAAUUUUGGAAGCCGCCUACCUCGAUCAUCUGUCAGCACUCCUAAAGAACCAAAAAGCCCAGAUGAUAGUUGGUCGAAAAAGAUUUUCGAGAAAGAUUCUCGCAUAAGUGAAUUAGAAGAAACAGUUUCUCAACUCAGAAAAGAAUUACAAGAAUCCAGGACUUUUAUAAGUAUCAACGAUCUCACGUCAGCAAAUGCUUAUAAGACUCCACCGCCUAUAAAAACUGUGGCUGACUCUAGUCUGCAGCUUGGUAGCGCUGGUGAAGAUUCCAUAACAUCGCCUGUGAAAAUAUCAAGGCGCACAAACAGCACUAAUUUAUGUGACUUAAAAGUUGUUACAAAAACCUUUCAUGUAACACCACCUGCAGAAAAUAUUGAUAAUAAAACAAGUGAUCGCAAAAAGAUGACUGAAACUUCAAUAAAUUCACCCAAAGUGAACACCUCGGAAAACUCCUCCAAAAUCACAAAUAAAAAUACAUCCUCAAAUGAGAAGACUGAUCAAAUAAGAAUACAAGAUUCUGAAAAUGUUUCAAAAAAGACAGGAACUGCAAAUAGGCCUGAAGAAAAUGCAACUUUGUCUCCUGUUGUGCCUAUAAAAGUUCAACAAUUUCCUAUGAAUGGAACAGAAUCAAGACCUCCAAUCGGCCCGUCAUCAUCCGCGGAUGCAAUAGGACCUUCAACACCUAUACCUCCACCUCCACCGCCGCCCAUGCCAGAAAUUACGCCCCCAGCGCCUCCGAUGCCAGAAAUUGUGACUUCUGGAGUGGGACCACCACCUCCACCCCCGCCGAUGCUUGGAAUGGGACCUCCACCGCCUCCGCCAAUGCCUGGAAUGGGUCCUCCACCACCGCCAAUGCCUGGUAUGGGUCCUCCGCCGCCGCCAAUGCCUGGUAUGGGUCCCCCGCCGCCUCCUAUGCCCGGUAUGGGUCCUCCGCCUCCGCCGAUGCCCGGUAUGGGUCCUCCACCUCCGCCGAUGCCCGGCAUGGGUCCUCCGCCUCCGCCGAUGCCCGGUAUGGGCCCUCCGCCUCCGCCGAUGCCCGGUAUGGGCCCUCCACCUCCGCCGAUGCCUGGUAUGGGACCUCCGCCGCCGCCGAUGCCUGGUAUGGGACCUCCGCCGCCGCCAAUGCCUGGCAUGGGACCUCCGCCGCCACCAAUGUCGGGAAUGGGACUGCCUCCGCCGCCACCUCCUAUGGGAGGUCCUCCGCCACCUCCGAUGGCUGGUGUCGGUCCACCACCUCCGCCGCAGGCACCGAUGCCAUUUCCGACACCGCCUCCAGGCGGUUGGAACGAUGCGCAGAGGGCAAGUGAGUCCCAGAGUUAUCAAUAUGCACAACAUACAAUGGGACACGCUAAUUUUAAUUUAGGCUUAAGAAAACCUCCAAUUAAUCCUCCGGUUCCAAUGAAACCGCUGUAUUGGACAAGAAUUAUAACUUCGAAACCUGCUCCGGUCGCAGCCACAGAGAUUAAAAAGGAAGAUUUAUGGCAGGAUUUGGAGGAGGCAAACAUUAGUAAUUUGCAAAAAUUUAUGAAUUUAUUUUCGCGACAAGUUGUGACUAAGAAAGCGCCAGUUAAAAAAGUUGAAAAACCAAAGAAAAAUGUUGCCGUCAAGAUUUUGGAUAGCAAAAGGUCUCAAAAUGUUGGUAUAUUGGCACAUAGUUUGCAUGUCGAUUUUGCUGAAAUUGAAAACGCAGUUUAUAAUUUUGAUACAUCUGUAGUUAAUUUGGAAGCUCUGCAGCAAAUUUACGAAGCGAGAGCUACUCCUGAGGAAUUGUCUAUGAUUAAAGAGCAUGUUUCAAAUAAUAAAGAAGAACCUUUAGAUAAACCUGAACAAUUUCUGUAUGAUUUAUCAGAAAUCCAAUGUUUUGCGGAAAGAAUUUCAUGUUUUAUGUUUCAAGUCGAGUUCGAAGAUAGUGUUGCAACAUUAUCCAAUACGCUCUCCAAUUUAAAAAGUUUAUGCGAGAUAAUGCUUAAUGGAAAGGAAUUGAAACAAGUAUUUGGCAUAAUAUUAAAAUUAGGGAAUGUUAUGAAUGGCGGUAAUAGAACGAGGGGGCAAGCUGAUGGAUUCGGAUUGGAAAUUUUGGCCAAACUUAAGGAUGUAAAAUCAAAAGACAAUCAAAUAACGUUGUUACAUUUUAUUGUGGAAACAUAUAUGGACGAAUCCAAAGAAGAGGCGUGGAAUGUGGCCCUGCCAAUUCCAAAUACAUGGGACGUAAGCAGGGCAGCUGAAGUAGAUUUUGAAAACUUAGCUAAAGUUAUAGAUCAACUUAAAGUUAAAUUAGAUGCUUGUACCAAGAGAACACAGAAAGUAUUAGACAAUUCAUCGCCGGAAAAUAUACAACCAUUUAAAGAUAAAAUGGAAAGCUUUAUUCAAAACGCGAAUGAAACUAUAAACAACGAAAGAACUUCCAUGCAAGACAUAAAAAAUAAAUUUAUAAAAACAAUGUGCUUUUUUUCCUUCAAACCAAAGACGGGGCCGCUGGAAAGCUGUCCCACCAACGAAUUUUUUUCACUGUGGAUUCCAUUUUGUAAAGAUUUUGAGCAAAUUUGGAAAAAAGAACAGCAGAAACGAUUAAAAUUAAAAAUGGCAAUAGAACAGCGUGCAAAGACUACAAAGAGACCGGACGCAAUUCCAAAGUUGCCGAACGGCCGAAAAGCUAGAAUUGAACGAAUGUUCCCAAAUAGAAAAUAAUGUGAUAUUUUUAUUUAUUAUAUAGGUAAAUAUAUAAGUACUUAAGUUAAUUUUAUAGUCGCUUGUUAGAAAUUUCUUUUACCUGAUUAUUUAAGAAUAACUGUUAUAAUUUAUAUAAAUAUAUAGUGUCACAGAAGUUAUAU